CGCGCACUUGUCCCAGUGGGGUUACCGUAGUAUUUCCGGUGCAGUUUAACUUCCGGUUUGGUUGUGUGAACAAAAAUGGAAAGUCUUCGAGUGCUUGAAUUAUACAGUGGAAUAGGUGGAAUGCAUCAGGCUUUAAAACAAGCUGGCAUAUCAGCCCAGGUGGUGGCGGCUAUAGACAUAAACACAACUGCUAAUCAGAUCUACAAGCACAAUUUUCCAGACACGCCACUCUGGAACAAGACCAUUGAGGGUAUACCACUUGAUGACUUCAAUAAAUUGUGCUUUGAUGUUAUUUUGAUGAGUCCUCCAUGUCAACCUUUUACCAGGUUGGGGUUGUAUCGUGAUGUCACUGAUCCGAGAACCAAGAGUUUCCUUUACAUUCUUCAACUUCUACCAAGGCUACACCAGCUUCCUCGCUUCAUCCUGCUAGAAAAUGUCAAAGGUUUUGAGAAUUCCUCUGCCAGGCAACAUUUAGUGGAAAUGUUGAGCAAAUGUGGCUACACUUACAAGGAGGUCAUGGUCUCGCCCACAAGUGUUGGGAUCCCAAAUUCAAGACUGCGUUACUUCCUGAUGGCAAAGCUUUCACCGCACAUGGUGAGACAUAAUUCUGAUUCCUCGGUGCUCAUUGCUGACAAAGAGUCCUCUGAAGAAGCUGAAGGUUCAAAUGCUGUCAGUGCAGUUCCAUGCCUGCCAGAAGAGGAGCACAGCAAAGCUAAUGUGCUUUAUAAACUGGAGACCACAAACGAAGCUCUAAGAAAGAUGAACCAAAAUAUUGAUUUGUCUGUCAGGCAAGUCCAAGAUUUCCUGGAAGCAGAAGAGAACAUUGAUCAAUAUCUUAUUCCUCACAAAACUUUGUUGCGUUACGCUCUAAUCCUGGAUAUUGUAACGCCUCUCUGCCGCAGGUCUGUCUGCUUUACCAAAGGGUAUGGACGGUAUGUGGAAGGAACUGGCUCAGUACUCCAAAGCUGCAUGGAAACAAAGAUGGAGAGUGUGUUUCAGCAUCUAAAUCAGUGCUCAGAAAAAGAAGAAAAACUGCAGCUGCUCCAAAAAUUGAAGCUGCGUUAUUUCACUCCCAGAGAAGUCGCCAACAUGAUGGGCUUCCCCAAAACUUUCUCUUUUCCAGCACAUAUUUCAACCCAGCAGCGUUACAAAGUCCUCGGAAACAGUCUUAAUGUUGUCCUGGUAGCUUCACUUCUACAAGAGCUCAUUUCGUAGCAGAAGUACUCCUUUUUUCUUGUACUUGUGUAUAUUAUUAUUUCUACAGGUUAGUUGUACUGCCUUGUAUUUGACAAUUCAUAUUAAAUCUGGAUUAUUUAUUUCAUGCACACUGAGAUCUACAGUAGAGAAAUAUUCCAAAUGACAUGCAUAAAUUAUGAUGUCAAAGUUCAUCAGUCACUACAGUGAAGACUUGUUGUAUACUGCUACCUCCUGGUCAGCUGUUGGAAGUGCAAAACAAUCAUCAAAACAAGAUAGACGACUAUAGAGAAGUCAUGCAGAAUAUGCACAACAUUUCUGAGGGAAUUGUGAUUUAUCAUAUGUCCACUAAAUUGGACGUCAUGCAUUCCUGGCUAGAUUUUGACUACAUUGUCUAGUAUUGUUGUUUUUGAAAAUGUAAUUUAUUUUAUGGGAAUGUAAAUCUGUUUUUUUAGAUUACAACAAUCAUGUGUGUUUAUUACUCCUAUCAUUCAAAAAAAAGUAAUUUUUUAAUAACUCAGAAGGCGCAAUGUUUUUGUAAUACUUUCAACAAUAUAUAUUGAAAUAUGGCAACAUAUUGUUAAAGAUAAUUAAACACAUUUUAUAGUUGUUUUUUUUCAUGUUUUCGUGUAAUGUAAUAUUUUAUUAAAUAAACCUUACGCAUGUUGUCCACCAUAGUGGACGUUUCACCAACUCCUUAAAAAAAACAUUUUUUUAAAAA